CAGUAUGCGUUUGUAUUGUGAUCCGGAAUGAAUUGAAACCAGGUUCGUCCGCGCUGCCGUCGACGGGAUUUUUUCUUCUAUGAGUGAAGUGUCUGAACAAAAACCCAAAGAAAGCAUCUUUUCACUCGAGGGCCAGGGAAGUAAUUUCACGCAAAUGGACAACGGUGGACGGCGUUGGUGGCACUGCAGUUCCGCGUUUCGACAGUAGUGAAUCGUGCGUGAAUGGUGAAUUGAUUCCACACGGUUUCGGAAAGAUACGGUGCAAGAGACAACCGAAUUCAAGUUUUUUUCCUUGAAUUUCGGAGGACCAGGUUGGGAAAGGCAGAAGAAGUACCAAAAGAAGAAGCAGCCAACAGAAGUAGCAAGCAGCAGUGGAUGAAGAGAAGUCUGGUUUCUCUCACACCGACACUCACUUUUGGAAGUGUUUUUUCGCUUCCUUCUCCCGAUCGAAGCAGAAAAUAUGUGUAUUUUACGUUGAUUUUUUUCAUCGAUGCGCCCUUAGCCGAAAAGAGCUUGGCUAGGCCCUCCGCGGCAAAGUGCUUGAAUGAAUGGAGCAUUCCUACUGAAAAUCAAAGUGCUAUUUUGCUCUUUCUCUGGAUGACGUGCGUUCGAGAAGGGAAAGCCCGCCAUGUCUCUCUAGAUGUUGAUGGCUCGAGGUGCAAAUGAUUUAUGAGAAGGAACGAGCGAAAGGAAUUAGACGAAGCGAAAAAUGGUCGGAAUGAGAAUUUUAGAGUGAUUUUCCCGUACAAGCCGCAGUCUGCAGUUAAUUCGGUUCUUGAGAUUCUCUUUUUUUUUUUUGUUUCUGGGGAUGAUGAAGAACGUGUGUGCGAACGCAUAAUUUGUGUAUUUUCGCGUUGGUGACGGAAGAAGAAUAAUAAAAAAUCGUAUGUAAUCAAUUUUCCACAUUGUGUGUCGUUUCAAGACGAGAAGUUUAUUGUUAUUGUUGUUAUUGUAGUUUGAAGCGAGGAAAAGCAAAUAGCCAAGAAAAGAGCGAGUAGGAGAGGAGAGUGUGCGAGCGAGCAGGAGUGCGCUCACUGUGGUUUCCGAAUAGUUCGAUAAUUGAGAGAAAGAAGAAGAAAAAUGCAGCUGUAAGAAGACGACGAGAAGCGAAGAAGUAGCAAAAACGUACACACAAGGCAUCGUUCGUUAGAAGAAAACCAGAGGCUCCUCGAGAAGGAGGAAAAAAUGUAAAUGAACAAUCAAUAUCUUGUACGUUCAAGUCAGGAAGUGGCUGACUUUCCUGACAGUGUGUGAACCGAAGGGAAAAUUACGACCAUCAUAGUUUAUUGCUGCCGUAUGUACUAAGCGAAGCAGUGAGUAAUAAUAGCUACAUCCUCGAGUGUGUUUUAUGGUCGCUGUUGUGAAAGAGGAUCAUUUCGGGGGUGGAUCCCUGCCGGGGUGGAACAGGGAUUAUGAGGAUUUAUCAUUAAUCAUCAGAACAAGUAAAAGCAUGUGAAGAAGACAGCAGCCGGGUGUAUGAACCCACCAAGUGAACCAGUGCAACGGAAUUAGAAACCAAGAAUCGACGUUCAAGUGUUGAAAAUCGGUCGCGACCGAAAAUACACCCAACGUCGGUCGCAGAGACAGUCGAAUGACAAACGAAGGAGGAAUAAAACAAGUCAGGGAACAAACAAAUACAGACAAUGUAAGUGGCUAAUGGUACUGCUUCUUAACUUUAUGUGGUCCGCUUUUCUGGAUUCGUUGUCGCCGUCGUCGCUUGCGUCUUGAGCGCGUUCAACACCCAGAGCUCCUUCUGGACUGGAACGCCACAGAAGACACGGUCAACCAGUUCCAAAGCCGAUUUGAAUCAAAGGCAGCUACGGAGAAAUCGACGGAACAAGAGAGAGCAAGAUGAAGAAAAAGUGAUACGUUAUAGUGGUUUGACGAUAAUUUAAAUAAAAUAAAGAUUCAAACAAUUGACGCGAAGAUUUGGAGAGGAAGCAGAAGGCUAUAUAUUAUACUUAACCAAAUCCGUUACGAGGGAGAGUGAAGAGUGAACGGUUUCCAGAUAGGAGUACCAUGCAAACAAGAUGAACAAAUUCAGCAGAAAGAAGAGUAAAGGUGACGUCACCGAGGUGAACCGUCACCAUCAAAGGCGACCGACAGCCACCAACAGUAUAACAACAAAACGACGGAAAUAUCGACUACUGAAUACGCGACUAAAGCUGCUCCCGAGCAUCAGGACGACGUCCUUCCUAACCCUAGGGCUGAUUGUAUGCCUCCAGCUGCUGAUGAUGUCCACCGUACUACACUGUGCCAAAACGUUCUACAUGCACUGGAACACUACGAACAGUAUAUUCCGGAUUGACAACACGGACCACAUCAUCGACGUCAACAAAGGUAACUCGGCGUUCGAGUACGAUCAAGUCCAUAUCAUCUGCCCGGUGUACGAACCGGGCACGUUCGACAACGAGACGGAGAAGUACAUCAUUUACAACGUCUCGAAGGUGGAGUACGAAACGUGCCGGAUCACGAAUCAUGAUCCACGCAUUAUCGCAAUCUGCGAUAAACCGAACAAGUUGAUGUUCUUCACUAUCACAUUCCGGCCAUUCACACCGCAGCCCGGUGGUUUAGAGUUCCUACCAGGGAAUGAUUACUAUUUUAUCUCCACAUCGUCUAAAGACGACCUCCAUCGGAGGAUAGGUGGCCGAUGCUCCACCAACAAUAUGAAAGUAGUAUUCAAGGUAUGCUGUGCCGACGAGCAGCACCAGCAUCCAAACAUUACGUCUAGUAAUAACAAUAUUCCUUCGUCGACGGCAAUCGACGCUGGAAGCAACGGGGACGGCAGCAGCUCAGCCAGCGGUAGCAGAGGUGUGUCGAUCAACACCAAUGCUAGCGGUUCGAUGGACAGUUUCGAUCCAUCGACGAGGUUACUUCCGUCUUCGACGGUCAACAGCAGCCAGGGCAACAUCGUGCAGAGCACGGUCAACUGGCCAGUUUGGAAUGGAGGUCAGCAGCGGCCAGUUCCGUCGACCCCAUCGGUCAACAACGGUGGCAACGGUCGCCACCAACAUCACUACACCCCAUCGCCUCCGCGAACGGCCAUCAACAACUACAACAACUACGGCGGCAACAGCGGAAGCGGCUCUGGUGCUCAUAGUAAUAGUAAUAAUUAUAACAUUAACAAUCCACCGUCCAAUGCACAUCAGAACAAUAAGCCGACGAAGAAGACGAACGAGUACGACAAGCACCCGAACGAGGUCGUCAAGAACGAGGAGCUCACCUACAACAAUGGCGCCGCCACAAGGACCGCCACCAGUUCCCGAGGUUUGCUAGGAUUAGUAUUUUUAGCGAUCUGUUCGCAUCUCCUGCUCAGUAGCAGUAGGCUCUGCGCAACAGGGUUGCCAAAUGCGUUGCCAUUGACGAGAUAGCACGUAAGCCGAUUCCUAACACGAUGCUAAUCAUGACACAUACAAUUAAACACACACACUUAAACAAAAUCACACAUUUGUAAUACGAGAGACUCUUGAACCCAGAUUUUUUUUUGUAAGAAAAUUCGCCACAAUCGAGAGAUCAUCGUUUUACUUCGAGGCGAAAAUCAACGAUGCUUGUAAAACAAGACGAAGAGAGUCAUCGAGAUCGUAAGUUGUAUCCUUGUUCGUACACAUGAAAAGAAAAAAAAAGUAAAAAACAAAGUGGAAACAAAUAUCUAAUAGUCCUUAUAUAGUGUGUAGUAGUGAGUGAUAUUAAUUUAAUGAACGAAACAAAAGCAAACAGCAAGGAAAAAUCACACAUUUUUAUUAGAAGGUAAACCGAAGACUGAGAGAUUUGACCGCUGGAGCAUGUUUAUGAGAAACCCGUAAUAAAGCUAAAAGAAGGAGUUUUAGAGACGCAAUGACUAAGAAAUUAAAACCGUACACACGAAAAAAAA